UUUCAUUACCAUCAACAUGUCUGAACGCAAGGCCGUCAUCAAGAAUGCUGAUAUGUCAGAAGACAUGCAGAAUGACGCCAUCGACUGCGCUACCCAAGCCAUGGACAAAUUCAACGUUGAGAAAGACAUCGCUGCCCACAUCAAGAAGGAGUUCGACAAACAAUUCAACCCGACAUGGCAUUGCAUUGUGGGUCGCAACUUCGGCAGUUACGUGACGCAUGAGACCAAGCAUUUCAUCUAUUUCUAUCUGGGACAAGUCGCCGUAUUGCUUUUUAAGUCUGGGUGAUUUUGUGCUGCAUUCAAGCUUUUUGAGCUAUAAGGACAGCUACAUUCUUGCAGAUUGUGAUAGGCAUAACGAGGUUCUUGAAUUUUGCGCAUAACCGUAAUAUAGAACAUACUGUUUCCAUAAACGUAUACUGAUAUUGUGAUUUCAUCAAAAUUAGCUGUAAAAUAAUAGAUUCAUGGCAUCUUAGUUUAAUCCCGAAAACAUGUUGUUAAUCAAAUUGCACAUCAUGGGUUAUGAAAGAUACGGAAUCGAUUAUGUAAUCAAGUCGUAACUGAGCUCGCUAUGUCUUCUGUAUGCUAUUCAUGUAUAAAUUAGAUAUUUCAAUUAACUGAAUAACGAGAGUUUCCUUUUAAGAAGCUCUUCUUUACUGAAACGCGAGAAAUUACAAUCACGAUAAUGAUGAUGUUACUUCUUCCGUGAUGAUCCAAAAUAAGUUUUACAUUAUUGAAAACAAUCUGUGACAUAACCGACUACAUUAUUAGCAUGUCUCCAUUGUGCUCUUAUUACUGUUUUUUGAAAAUUAGCGAAACAUAAACAUUACUUUUUUUGCAUCUGAUUUGGAGUUUUGCUUCAAAUCAACUUGUCUAUGCUUUUUUUGUCGGGGAUAAUCUGGGCCUAUACGUGGCAACACCUUUCUCAGAUCUAGACUACACUGUUAGAAAAUUUAUCCUUAAACGUGUUAAAAUAAAUGAAGUUCCUGCAGCAGAGUCUCGAGAACACCUGU